GCGCCUCAUUCGGCCGAUCGAUCGAAAGCGCCGGGCUUUCUUCCUUGGCGGCGGAUUUGCUCCAUGGACUACUUCAUGGCGCCAGGGCGGAAUCAUCUCUUCGUGCCGGGGCCAUCCAAUAUCCCGCAAAAGGUGAUGCAAGCACUGAAUCGCGGCAAUGAGGAUCAUCGAUCGCCAGCAUUCCCGGUCUUCUCGCGGCAGCUCCUUGCGGACGUCACGCGCAUCUUUUCCACGCAAUCUGGGACUCCCUUCAUUAUCCCCACAACCGGAACUGGAGGCUGGGAAUGCGCUGCUGUGAACACUCUCUCUACUGGAGAUCGCGUUCUCACAUUCGUGUUUGGACAGUUUAGCCAUCUCUGGAGCCAGCAGCUCCAGAAACUCCACUUCGACGUGGACGCUGUCCAGUGCCAAUGGGGAGGCGGAGUCGACUUGGGAGUUCUCGAUUCGAAGCUCAGAGCCGACGAGGAGCACCGGAUCAAGGCGGUGUGUGUCGUUCAUAACGAAACUUCGACCGGUAUCAACAUCAACUUGGGAGUUGUGAGAGCCAUACUUGAUUCAAACCAGCAUCCAGCUCUGCUUUUGGUUGACGGAGUUUCGUCGAUUGGAGCACUCGCGUUUCGCAUGGACGAGUGGAAAGUCGAUGUUGCUCUGACUGGCUCGCAAAAAUCGCUCGGUCUUCCAACCGGUCUCGGUAUCCUCUGUGCCAGUCCCAAAGCUCUCGAGGCCUCCAAGUCUGCUCGUUCUCCGCGGGGAUUCUUCGACUGGUCAGCUUAUCUCAAGUCGUACGAGCUCGGCUCUUACUGGCCAUACACGCCUUCCAUACAGUUGCUCUACGGCCUCCGAGCAGCUCUCGAUCUUCUAUUUGAAGAAGGCCUGGAAAAUGUCAUCAAGAGACACCACAGGCUAGCUCAUGCCACCAGGUUGGCUGUGAAAGCUUGGGGCCUCGAGCUUUGCAUCAAAGAUCCAGAGCUGUACAGCGAUACGGUGACUGCCGUCGUGGUUCCAUCCUACUUGAACAGCACAGACGUGGUUCGCGUAGCCUGGAGAAAAUACAACUUGAGCAUUGGAAUCGGCCUGAACAAGGUGGCAGGAAAGGUGUUCCGCAUCGGACAUUUGGGAUUCUUAAACGAACUUCAACUCAUCUCUGCCCUGGCUGGAGUAGAAAUGGCACUCAAGGACGUUGGCUUCCCGGUAAAACUGGGAAGCGGCGUUUCUGCGGCGCAGGCAUACUUGCAAGAGAGCACACCACUUAUUCCUUCCAGGCUCUGAGAGAAAGCGGCAUCCUUUCUCGUAACUCGACGAGGUACGCGACACUCUUUUACUUACUGAAGAUCACAGCAUCGUGCGGGGCUGGCUACGUACGUUUCGAGAAAAAAGAAAAAGAAAGAAAACCACCUCACGGGGGCGGGGAUGAUUUCUUUUUUCAAACAAGUUCCUGGUCUACGAAAUGGCUGGCGCUGGGUACUACUGAAAGUGAAAAAAACGACAGUGGAAAAAAGAGAAGGCCGGGACUGGACUACAGGACUGGGCGACUUACAGACAGCUCAGUGACAAAUACCGAAAAAAGGGAGAAUUGAUUUAAUAGGUGGGCGAGGCCUUCGUUCUUUGGGGAGGAAGACAACAGGGGAAUGAGACGACAGCGAGUGAUGUUGUGCACGCACACGAGAGAGAGAAAUUGCGGUGGUCCGCGCUCGUCCAAGUGAGUCUUCGCAAACUUUCUUUUUCUCUUUUCCAUUUGGAAAUCACUGCUGCUGUAAGUCAUGGCUUUUGCAGCGAGCAGGAACCUUUCAGAGGAGGAGAAGAAGAAGAAGAAGAAGAAGGAGAAAAGAAAGAUGAGACUAGAUGAGACGAGAACGAGGAAAUCAUGAACGACAAGCCUGUGUUUACUUUUUUGGCUUUUUUAUUUUGUGGUUGGAUGGAUGAAUGAAUGAAUGAAUGAAAG